CCGCUCCCGUGCCCGGCGGCGCGCGGGCCGGUGCCGCUCCCCCAGCGCGGGCCGUUGGGGCCGGCCCUCGCGCGGCGGCCGGUGCAGGGCGAGUGGCCCGAGCGUCCGUUGGCGGGGAGAGCCAUGGAGGGGCAGCGGCUGCCCGGCGCUGUCGACCCCAAGCGCUUCCCGGGCAAGCUGUGGCAGCUGGUGAACAGCCCGCGCUGCGGCUCCGGGCGCUGCGAUGCCCGUGGCGAGGGGCUGCUCAUCGACCGGCGGCUCUUCGAGCGGGAGCUGCCGGGCGCAGGGCCGGCCGGCGAGGGGGCGGCGCUGGCCGCCGCCUUCUUCAAGACCAGGAACUUCCCCAGCUUCAUCCGGCAGCUCAACCUGUACGGCUUCCGCAAGCUGGGGCCGGGGCCCCCGCAGGGCCUGCCGGGGGGCGAUGCCGGCAGCUCGGCCGGGCCCCUGCUCCACUUCCACAGCCCCCAUUUCAGCCGCGACCGCCCCGACCUCCUCGUCCACCUGAAGCGCCUGACGAGAGCCAAAGAGAAGCUGGCAGCCGGCCUGCAGGUGCCCAGCCGCCCGCACCAGCCCUCUCAGCGCCUGCUCGGCACGGCGCUGCACGGGGACCCGCUGCUGCCGCCCCCGAGGCUCGGCGAGGUGCCAGGCCCGGUGAGCUGGGGACUGGUGACUGGAGGACAGGCUCCUCAACCUGGUGGUCCAGAGAGCUUCUUUGGUUACUCGGACAAAGCGGCCUUGUGCCAGAACCCCGGUGCUUUCGUGCCAGAGCCUUUCCAGCAGACUCCGAUCCCUUCCAGAACAUGGCAGGGCUCUUUUGGGCUGCUGCCAGGGCACCGGGCUUCCCCAGCUAUUCCAGGCCCAGGGGCUCCCUUUCCGGUCCUGCACAAGUGUUCCACAGAGGUCACGUACACUCUGCAGACUGUGUUCUGGCUUCUGCCGCUUCAGCAAGGGGCUCCAGCUGGGGCCGCUUCCCUCCCGCAAGACAGCAGCUGCGCGUCUCCAGGGCAGUGCUCGCAAGCCCCCGAUCCAACGGCAGUGCUGCAGUGUCCUUCACCCCCUGCCCAGGGAGAGCCUCUCGCUGUCAGCGCCAGCGCUGCGGCUGCAGCGUGCACCCACUGCGGCUUUGUGCAGAGUCCACCAGCGCAGCCACCUUGUGCAGCUGAAUGCCUGCCCUGUGGCGGGGCUUCUGGUGAAGAGAAGAUGAUGGAGGAAUUAAGUUUUGAAGCCAUACUUGAGGUUCUGGAUAAGAUGCUUUCACCACCCAACGCUGAAAUAGUGCCAGUGGAACCUGUGGAGAGCGAGAUGUCAACCCCUCAGUCUCUCAGAAGUCAGCCGCUCCUGGUUAGUAGUGGGAAGAGCGACACCCCUUCUGCCGCUGAGGAAAGUGAGCUGGCACCUCUGACUCCUGUGGAGGCAGAGACCUCAUUUCUGAUGGAAGCAGCUGAAGCAUUAACUGCUGCAGAAGGCUGUGAUGGAGAGCUUCUUGCUCCCUAUGACACUGCAUGCGUAGAACGUGCCGCUGCUGCUGAAAUGGCACUAGAAGCUGUGGCCACACAGGAAGCCCCCAAAGAAGGGAGAGAACCACUGGAUCAGUGCCCAGCUCCCCCUUGAAUUGUUCUGGAAGGACUGUUCAGAGGAGAGCAGCCAUAA